CUGCCUCUCCCGACCCUAUGCAUGCAGUAGGAGGUUCGGUGUAGAGUUGAGAGCAAUGGCGGCACAUCCCUUUGACCUCAACCUUGAGCCUCCCGUUUUGGACCUAAACACCCCCGCCAUAGAUUGGGAUGGCCCUGCGCACGAAAUAGUAGAGCUCGACAUCAUGGCGCGGGAGGAUGGAGAUGGAGAACAAGGAGAUGGAGUGGCUUCAGGGGGAGGAGAUGAGAGUGCCGCCGGCCAGCAGGAUGAUGCAGAUGAGCAAGAUGUGGCUGGACCCAUGGGACAUGGUGGAGUAGGAGGUAACGCUGCUGCAGGUUCAAACGCGAAGAAACGGAGAUACUACUCGGAUGACUUGAAGAUCGCCAUAUAUCAAGAGCUGUUGGCGAAGACAGAUCCUCCCGUGCUGCGCCAUGGAGUUUCCAAGCUUAUUGCACUGAAAUUUGGUGUGCCACUUAGACUUGUGCAGUUUGUGUGGCGCAAUGGACAGGAUUAUGGUGGGAUAGAAGGUGUGAGAAACAAGUUGGUUAAAAAUUGUGGUCGGAAAAAGGUAGAAAUAGACAUGGAAGCAAUCAAAGAUGUGCCUUUGAGAGAGCGCAAAACCAUCAGGGAUCUUGCCAAUGCGCUCGGUGUGAAGAAGACCACACUUCAUAACCGUUUAAAGAAAGGUUAUUUUCAUCGGCGCACCAAUUAAAACGGCGCACUUGGAGAUGCAGGGUGACCUUCCCAUUAGCUUGCAGAUUGAUCUCCAUCCAAAUCAAGCACAAAUCCCAUGCUGCAGGUAACCGUGGGCUUCAAUUUAGGCACUGUCCGCAAAGCUUUGCUCAUACAAGAGAGCCAACAAGGAUCGCCUUCGCUCAAGGUGCAAAUGAAGGCAAGGUUCUAACAAUUUUAUCCCAUGAGGUGACGCAGAUUGGGCAAAGGAUCAAAUGAAAAGACACCUUAAUUUAAACCUGUAUUGGGAGAUUUUUAAACAGACACCGGAUUGAAUCAAAUGAAGAAUAGCAUUGAAUCGACAAAAGAUCAAUGUCUACUAUACCAACACAUACAUUCCACUACUAGGGCUACAAAGACCUAACCGUGCGGUUGCACAAUGUUAGGAUCUCAUACAGUAAAAGAAAAAUCAGUAUAACUGCAACAGUAGAGAACAUAGACAAAAGUAAAUACAUUAUAAUUGUGUCAGUAGCAGAAUAGCUUAGAAUUUGGUCGUGCACAGAAGGGUGGGGGCAGCAAGUCGAUCUGAUAUUGGUACCAUGAAAAUAUGCAUUUAAUAUUGGUGUGUUUGGUGAGGUUGAGGAAGAAAGCCAGGUCAAAGUGCGAGCAUAUUAGCUGAAACGAAACUGAAAAACUUUGGUUUUCUCAGCAGUUACAUGUAACAUGAAAAGGAAAAAAAAUGAAAGAAUAGAAAGUAUGGUCAAUUGCAUACUUAGAGACAAACAUUAUGAUAGAUCAGUUUUGUAACUUUUACCUUUAGUACAGUAAAAAGGUAUAAUGCAUAACU